CCAAAAAUAAGGAUACUUCACAUAUACGCUACCACCAAAACGUUAGCAACUUCAUUUUUCAGUUUUCACACCGACUCUUUUCUCUCAAAAAUUCUCAACCCUCACAAGAAUUAAAAGUUAGGAGUCACCUGUAAAGUUGCUGCCACGAGGUCAUCAUGGGUUCAUGCCGUGGAAAUAGCUUCUGACAGAAAUGCAAGGUGUCCGGUCCUUCCUUGGAGCGCGUGUAUAGUGGAAGCUUCACUAGACCCCACUUUAUGGGGUUCCACUGUAGUUAAAUCAGCGGAUAUGAAUCCAGGGGGUUAUACAGCAGAAGUUACAGGUCUUUCUCCUAAUGCUACUGAGAAGGAUGUUCAGGAGUUCUUUGGUUUCUGUGGGGCAAUUGAACAUGUUGAGAUUGUCAGAGCUGGUGAACAGGCAAGUACAGCCUAUGUGACAUUUAGAAAUCCUCAUGCACUGGAAACGGCUAUCUUACUGAGUGGAGCUACCAUAUUGGAUCAACGUGUGUGCAUAACCAGCUGGGGUCACUAUCAAGGUGAAUUUGAUUAUUGGAAUCAUUCAUCAUGGAAACCUCAAGAAGAAAGUCAUUCAAGUCACGACACCCAGGGACACUACUUUGUUUCUUCUGCUGGGGAAGCUGUAACAAUGACUCAAGAUGUAGUUAAAACCAUGCUAGCUCAAGGGUAUGUUCUUGGAAAAGGCGCAUUGGGAAAAGCCAAAGCUUUUGAUGAAUCUCAUGGCCUGUCAGCAACUGCAGUGUCCAAAGUUGCUGAUUUAAGCGAGAGAAUUGGCCUCACUGAUAAGUUCUGUGCGGGGGUUGAAGCUGCUAGAUCCGUCAAUCAGAGGUAUCACAUAACGGAUACCACUAGAUCAGCCGCGUCAGCUACAGGUAGAACUGCUGUCUCUGCUGCAACUGCUGUUGUCAACAGUAGCUACUUUUCCAAAGGAGCUCUUUGGAUGUCUGGUGCACUAGGUAGAGCGGCUCAAGCUGCAGCUGAUUUGGGUAGCCGAGGCGUUAACAAAUGAGUAGGUUUGCCUUGCAGCUUAGAUGCUUCUAUAUGAGAAUGGUACUAGUUGAUGUAGUUUCCUAGUGUAUAUAUACUUUUACAAACUGUCAAAUGGUAUUAAGUCGUCUGGGUUGUGUGGUCUAAAGUCGUGAAUUAAAUGGAUUGGCCUAAUGGUGUUGAUUCAUCUGUAAUCAAACCGGUGUUUCGUUUCCAUUUUUGUUCGGAUAUCAGGUUGAUGUUGUGAAAGGACGGAUAGUACGAGAAUACGUGUUGAGUAGAAAUUUCCUUCAGUUCA